UCUUUCCCUCCUCCCACUUUUUUUGCUAGCAAAGCGACUAAGCUAUUUAGCACACCGGCUCGUUCUUUUCCCAGUGCUAUUAUUAUUAUGAAGUGUUUGAGCAUUGUAUUUUAAAAUCAGCCAUCUUCGUAGACCACACACGAAAAAGUUCAACAAAAUGAAUAUUCGAAACGCCAGGCCGGAGGACCUUAUGAAUAUGCAGCACUGUAACCUCCUGUGUCUGCCAGAAAACUACCAAAUGAAAUACUACUUCUAUCAUGGAUUGUCCUGGCCCCAGCUCUCGUACAUUGCAGAGGAUGAAAAUGGAAAAAUAGUUGGUUACGUUCUGGCAAAGAUGGAGGAGGACCCAGAUGAUGUCCCCCAUGGACACAUCACUUCCCUGGCAGUGAAGCGCUCCCAUAGACGUCUGGGCCUGGCUCAGAAGCUGAUGGACCAGGCUAGCCGUGCCAUGAUAGAAAACUUUAAUGCCAAAUAUGUCUCGCUUCAUGUUCGCAAAAGCAAUCGGGCAGCCCUGCAUCUGUAUUCAAACACAUUGAAGUUCCAGAUCAGUGAAGUAGAACCAAAAUACUAUGCAGAUGGAGAAGAUGCCUACGCUAUGAAGAGAGACCUGGCCCACAUGGCAGAUGAGUUGAGAAAGCCAGGCGUGCGCAUUCCAGGUCAGGAAGCCCCGCCCGGUUCCGGCGACCAGGAAAGGGAGAGCGAGAGAGACAGUGGGGGAGAAAGCAAAGAGCUGAGUGAAGUGAGCGAGGCUACAGAGAGCACAGACGUCAAAGAUUCUUCAUCUGAUUCUCAAUGAUGGUCAUUCAACUUUUUACUGUACAAAUGAAAACAAUGGAGCCGCAUCUCCUCUUUUUAUUGAUCUUUGACAAUUACAUCAACUGUAAGCAAUUUCAUUUUGGUCUAAACUUGUAACAGAUUCAUACAAGGGCAUCAACAUUGAAACUAUGUCAGGAAACUUAA